GAAAUCUUUCCAGCCAGUUGCCAAAGGGACGAGCGCGACUGAUCGGGGAUUUCGGGGAUGCGCGCGUCCUAAAAUACGCUGCGGCCCGCACCAGGCAUUCACGACGCGCAAUUCGCUGCGGCAACACAGGUAGGGAGCAUCCCAUACCAUGCCGCAAAGUCACGGCAGCAGCUCCUUUCCCAGCUUCACUGAUUCGACCGUGCCUUCUGCGGUCCAAACACUAUUGUCUUCCCCUUUCACUUUUCCGCACAUCUGUUGCAUGCCGAAAGGUCGGGGUCUGGUGGCACGACACGCGACAACGCUUAUUGCCUCUGCCGUUGGAGCACCUCCGACUGCUGGCUCUGCACUACAACGUGGCAUCCAUCCUUGCGAUUCUACUCACCAAGGCCCAACUUCCCCUCUCGGCACUCACUGACUGGAAAUCGCUUCAGGAUGGGUUCCUACUACGAUGUGGACGCCAUCCUCACAGACGCGCAGAAAGUCCCAUGCACUUUCGAGCUGACGGUGCCCGGUCUGGGCUUCCUGGAAGGCAACAUGAGUGGCGAUAUGAAGCAGGGGUCCAAGGUAGAGUUGCCGCUUUGGCUUGGGGAGAUGCUUGCGCUGAGCCAGAGUCUGAAUACAUCGUCUUUGGUCACACUGGAUGCUCCGUCAGCCCUGGCACCGCGCGUCCUAAACGCGCUGAAAGCUGAUCCGCGAACGGUCGACCUUCGAGCCCUUGCACCGCACUUCUACAACCUGGGUGCGCGAAUCCUUGAGCUUUUUGACGAGGAAGAGAUGAUCGAGGUGUUGAGCGACACGUUCAAAGCCAGGGCAGCUGUUAUCGCCGACCAGGCGCAUAACCCAAGGGGUGCGCUAGGCGAAGGAGCCGACUUCCUGCGCGGGCUAGACGAGAACGAGAGGCAAUUAUUCCGAGCAGCCCACGACAGUGCAAAGGCUGUUCGGGCAUGGAUGACCGAGCUGAAGAAGAAAUGAAGAAAGAGCAACUCCGCUAAGUUCCUAGACGCUCCGAGGUCUGACAAGGAGCUCUAUAUUAUUGUCGAGCGAGGAUCAAGGGUCAGCAUGAGACGAAAGGCUUCGAGAGCUACGGAGGCAGAAAGUGCAUGCCCAAAGAAAAGGAGGAUACUUGGAAACAUAUCAUCGGUGGAUGCGAGUAGGAGACGUGACGGGAUAGCACAAAGCAGCAAUGCAAGGACGAUGCUCAGGGGUGGUCAAUAAGCUCCUACCUUCCAAUUACGUUACGGUUACCUGGUGAAAGCAAUUUACCUGAACGUAACAUCUGGCCUGAAAUACCCCGCGAGCCUUUAUCGCAUAGUGGCCCCAAGAUUACUGUUCUGUAACAGGCUGAUCAACUGUUCCGGGGGAUAUCCAAGGAAAACUGGCCCGUUGAAGACCAUUUGUGG